ACAGUCUACAGAUCUUGAUGAGGACAAACAAGAAGGCAGAGCCAAUGGUAACCUCCUUCCCAAACCUUUACCUGUGGAGGGCAUGCCCAUGCUGACCCUUCGUAUAGAGAAGAUCUGUCUAAAGGAUGCCCGCCAGUUCAUCGAUCCCUUCAUCACUGUGUCGGUAAAAGACUCUCUGGGAAGCAACCUGAUGUCCCCACAGGAAACCCCAGUGGCCACGCGGAAAGAGAGCCAGCAGAUCAUCUUUAACAUGGACGUGUACAUACAGAAAUGGAUUGACAGUCUUCCCACAGGCUUUGCCAUAUUUUUUGAGUUCAAGCACUACAAGCCUAAGAAAGCUACGACCAGUGUCAAGUGUUGGGCGUGUAUGGAAAAAGACGAGAUCAAAGAGGGAAACGUGGCCCUGGAACU